AUGACCAAGCUCAGGUUCUGGACCGCAGACAUCUUCGUUAACUUAAAUACGGCAAUCUACAUCAAGGGCAAGCUCACGUUGUCGCGCACCGCGAUCUUCUGGCGCUACCUGAAGACGUGGCUCAUCCUGGAUGUGACGCUGGUGUCCUUGGACUUCUUCAACAUGGGCUACAUCCCCGGAGACUUCGCAGGCGAUCUCACAGUCUUCCGAGCUGGCCGGGUGGUGCGCAUCUUCCGCGUCUUCCGGCUUCUGCGGUUGCUGAAGAUGACGAAGCUGGACGAGAUCACGCAAGAGAUUGCGGCUUCCACUGGGCGGCAGUGGAUCAUGCUGGUCAUGGCUGUGUUCAACUCUGCUGUUGUGACCAUGCUGGUGGCGCACAUUGUCACCUGCGUUUGGUUUUGGAUUGGCAAGACGGUUUGGGAUGAGGGCCAUGUCAGCUGGAUCCACCUUGCAGAGGCCGAGAAUCUCAGUGCAAGUGUUCAGUAUAUCCAUGCCAUCCGCUAUGUGAUGAACCCUCCUGCACCGCCUUCCAUCAUGGCGAAUAGUGGACGAGAGCGAGUUUUCGACAUUCUGAACUUCGUGUUCACUUUGGUCGUGAUCGGCGGCACCGUCUCCAAGAUAUCCGGGACUUUGGCAGAGCUGCGAGCGAUGAACGAAUCACGCGCCCGCCAGAAGCGAGAGAUUCGCGUGUAUCUCACCCACCAAGAUGCCUCGUUUGAGCUCGUUUCCCGCAUCAUGCGGUUCGUGGACUACAAGCUGGAGAAGAACACUCCGAUAUCUUUCGACAGCUCCCUGAUAUCCAUAACGCUUCAGACAGAGCUCUACGUCAACCAGCGAGGGAAGUUCCUCGAGUCCGUGCCAGUCUUCGGCCUCACGAAGCAAGCAUUUCCCGACUGCUUUGCGAGCAUUUGUGCGGCGCUGGUGAAGAAUGUAUUCGAGAAGAAGGAGUGCGUGUUCACGGCGGGAGCUGUUGCAAACGCAAUGUACCUCACCGCCACCGGCACGUACAUCCACACCGACAGCAACGGCGCGGAGGAGACCUUCACCGGCGAGCACUGGUUCGAAGAAAUGAGCCUCUACGCUGAAAGCAUGGUCCAUCAUUCCACCUUGACAUCGAAGACUUUCGGGGAAAUAUUCACCCUGGACGGGAAGGACCUAGUGGACUGCUUGCAGAACUCCCCUGCCUCAGCAUCCAUGUUCUGUGGCUAUGCGAAAGCCUUCGUCGAGAUGAUGCAAAAGCCAACUGGGCUCACAGUCCACGGCCAGCAGCUGGUGACGGCAGAUUCCUGCUGCCGGCAUACGCGGCAGUACCAGGAGCUGUACCCUGAUCCGAAGACACGCUUGGAUAACAUCUGCAUCCUGCACGAUGUUUUGGGGCCCGACAUCCAGACACCGUCGGAAAGCACCUGCAGCUUCCGUUCUGGGGGGUUGGCCCACAUGCUCAAGGACCUCGACCGGGGUGGUUUGCAACCUGAAAACAUCAUCAUGAUGCUGCAGAACGCCAUUCCCGAACUUCAUCCAGACGUUGGGACGCACGCUCUCCUGGAGCAACUCUUCGAGCGGGACCGAGCUGUUUCCUCUUGUGUCAGCUUGUUGGCCUUGGUUUACGAUGACUACAACCUGUUCGUGAAGCCGCAGCUGUUGGCUCCGGUGGAGGUCACCACGCCUGGCCAGUGGAAGCACCUGAGGGAGCUGGUAACCUGGGUGAAGCCCACGCCAGAACAGCUACAAGCCGUUCUCGUGCUGUUGGCGAUCAGGGGACUCGGAAAGUCUACCGUUCUCAUGAACCAGAUCAGAUCCAGCCACGGGCGACCGGAGCAGGUAGUGUUGUACUUGAUCAAGAAGGCGCAGAAUGUGGUCCCGUCGACACGAGGCCUGAGCGAGAAGGCCUUGGGCUUCAUCGAGAACACCCUGUUGCUCCACGAGGUUUUCAACCUUGCGCAGAUGCUUCAAGGUGAAAAUGUCCCAGCGUCCUGGCUUUGA